UCGCAAACGUGUGGGAGGCUUUGGGCGCUGCUCGUAACGUAGAGAGGUAGCCGCCUACACUGACCUGGAUAUCUGUGGCUGAGAAGGACUCCACCGACCUCUUUUCAUAUCAUGGAUUUUUGGACAGCAUUGCUUCGUGUUUAUGUUCAUUUACAGCUGGCUGGCCUUCGCGUUGAAGGAGAUUAUAGGGCAGGUGCGAUGUCGCUCUGCUCGUUUGAACGGUGACGGUUUUGAUAAGCAGUCUAAUGGACAGUAUCGAUGAGUUAGCAAUCGAAACCCGAACUCAGUAGCCUCUACAUGCAAUUUUAUUGUGUCCGUUCGCCCCGCCCGUCUCGGUGUUUGCUAAGUGGAGCUGGAUCUAACUCCUGACUGUGUCGUAACAUCACCAUUGCUGACAGGCAGCAGUAUUUACUUGUGCGAAGCGGGGAAGUGGGAUUGCGUCAAGUUAGCUCAACUUCAAGAGGAUGCGACGGCAGCUGGCCUCAACUAGUCUCCGUAAUAAAGGCAUCAAAUAUAACAGCGUUCGCGUGUUAAAAUAAAGCUUGGUGGUUGGACAGAGAGGUAACGCUGGGACAAAAAACAACAGCCGAUUUGCAAUUCCAGAAAGAGCAUUGUGCUUUGUUUUUCUACCCCGUACAGUGUAUUAUCUGCACGUCUGCAUUUAUUUUGAAGCCUUCGACCGGAAAUGGUGCCGGGCUGUGGGUGUGUCGACACUGGUAGGAAGUGGGAUGUGUCCGGGAUGUAUUUAUGCUGCUGUCCAAGAUAUGAAAAUCAUUGAAGGAGCGCUGCCUCACGAGGAGAGACAGCGGGGUUUCCACGGUGCUGCUACCUGUCAGCGUGGAUACUGUCAGUGGGCGAAAAUAGCGGCCACGACCGAAGCUGCUGUGCGGGCUUCGUGUGGACCGGACCAUUCCCGAGUAGGCUUCUCAUCCUCUCACACUUUGUUGAAUGUGUGCGGGCUCUAUUCUGUGCUUACGUAAUGACAGUAUGUGAAUCGAUGCAGUCACAUACUUGACAUUUACAUUUUAUUUUUUUAAUCUUUUGUCUCUGGACAAAGGCCUUGCCCCAAACCCUUUUUUAUUUUACAAAUGUCAACAACUCCACAUCGCGUGAUGAUGGAGUCCUCCCUGGCCCUCGGCAGACUGGAGCUGACCCCCAGCUCCGCCGCUGUUGGGGUUAAUCUGACCCCGCGGCUCUCUGGAGGCGGCCCCGCGAAGGAGAAGUCCGGCCAGCGGCCUGUAGGGCUCCAGAGCCCGGCUCACCUGAACGGCUGCGUCCCGCUCUCACAUCAGGUGGCGGGUCACAAGUAUGGAGUGGAUAAAGUGGGUAUUUUGCAGCACCCAGACGGAACAGUCCUGAAGCAGCUGCAGCCUCCACCAAGAGGUCCACGAGAGUUGCAGUUUUACAGCAUGGUGUAUGCAGAGGACUGCUGUGAUCCUUGUCUUCUAGACCUCCAGAACUAUCUGCCCAAAUAUUACGGGACCUGGUCUUCUCCUGACAGCCCUAAUGACUUAUACCUGAAACUGGAGGAUGUGACUCGGCGCUUCGUCAAGCCGUGCAUCAUGGACGUGAAGCUGGGCCAGCGGAGCUACGAUCCAUUCGCCUCCCAAGAGAAGCGAGAACAGCAGAUCAGAAAAUACCCACUGAUGGAGGAGAUAGGCUUCCUUGUUCUUGGCAUGAGGGUGUAUAAGAUGUGCAGUGACUCUUUCGACACCUAUGACCAGCACUAUGGAAGGGGACUGGAUAAGGAGACCAUUAAAGAUGGCUUGGCUAAAUUCUUCCAUAACGGAGCGACUUUGAGGAAGGACGCGCUGUCGGCUAGCAUCCGCAGAGUACAGCAGAUCCUCCAGUGGUUCAAGUCCCAGCAGCAGCUCACAUUCUAUGCGAGCUCCCUUCUCUUUGUUUACGAGGGCCUUCCCUCCUCUUUCUCCUCAUCUGCUCUUUCUUCCCUCAUCAGCAGCUCAACGAUCAGUCCAACUGCAAUGAAAACCACCACGUUGGUGGGUGUUUGCGAUCGUGGCGGGGAGGGAAAACAGGAAGGGGCAGGGCAGGAGGAGGGGGUGUCCGAGUACAACAACAACAACAUUCAGGUGGCGGUGCCCUGGGACUACAGCCUGGCCACCACUAUUUACACCAAUCACAGGAAAGGUGGCGACCACCACUGUGCCAAAGGUCUUCUCUGUGGCAACAGUGGAGAUGGUAGUUUUGUGCAGAAUACAGAAAGCUCAGUUUCUAGAGAUAACGUCUCGGUGCUGUGUGAAGAGGACAACUCUGCAUGGAAACGACGAGCGGAGCUGCAACAAGCACCUAAUGGAAAUGGAAACAAAUCACAACUGGAAGGGAAGGAUGAGGAUGGAGAGGGCAAAGACAGCAGCAGCAGGAGAGAGGAGGAGGUGAAAGGACGAGGAGGUGACGCGACGGACGGGGGUGCAGGAGACGUCGAAGUUGAGGUCAGGAUGAUUGAUUUUGCUCAUGUUUUCCCGAGCGACAGCCACGAUCACGGCUACAUCUAUGGCCUGAAACACCUGCUGACAGUGCUGGAGCAAAUCCUCUGUGACGCUGCGUAGAGCUCCCAAUCCCUUUACCUCCUUACCUGCUCAGAAAAAAAACAGUGUCCUCCUGUCAACCCUGCUUUUUUUUUUUUUCUCAAAAGACAGAUCUUCAGAGGAGCAAAGGAAAAAUGAAAGAAGUGAAUACUGAAACAAAACCAUCACCAUCGUCAUCAUCAUCUCACCAGAUUGUGAUGGUCUGUCAGUGUGUUUCUGUUUGUCUGCUUGUCUUGUGAGCAGAGUGGAGGUAGUAGAGGCUGAUAGUUUACAUCAGCACCUCUACAUGCACUAAUCAAUCUGUGAAGGCAUUACGACCCUGUACUUGAACACAACAUCUUCAGCUGUUGGUUUACUGAUGCUCACUGGCUCUAAAGUGUCACCUUUAUUCCAUUCAGCUUAAAAAAAAAAAAGGUUUGAUUGUUAUAUUUUGAUACCAUGGCUACUGAAAACAUUUGUUUGGUUUCUAUUAAAAUCAGUACACCGGAAAUAGGGCUGGAUGAGGCGACAAUACAUAGUGUGGAACAAUUAGAAUUAGUCAAGUGUCCAUAUAUUUUUGGCUGUUUUGUACCAUUGUGGCAGCACAACAUAUUAGGAGCAAACUAAGAAUCAAAAAUGGAUUUGGAUUUCAUAAUCCAUUCAGAAAAUCCUGGAUCAGACCCAGUCCUGAUCCUUCCUAUCAGGCAUGCUGACAUGCAGGCCUAGUAGCUGUUAGGACUUUAUGGUUUGGCAGCGAGUCUCCAGAUUCAACAGAAGUUUUUUGAAGGAUGUUCAAGGAUAAUGGUGCCACAGGAGUGGGGUUUGAUCGAUACAAAGUGAAUGUCAGAAAUAGUUUUGUGUGAUUUAUACGAUGUGAACAAGGGUUGAUCAUAAAAUUACAAAACCGUUCCUCAGACACAGGCACUGGGAAUAUCACAGUCAUGCAAUAUGUGCGAGCAGUAACUGUCAGGAUGUCACAUGACCCCGUGCUAUCGACAGGCACCUGGGUUAAACACCUUCAGCUAUCAGCACAAAUGCAGUGAAUCUCUAAUCUGUGUGAAAAUGGGAAGCUGUAAGGGGCCAACUCUGGCAAGCAGGGUGGAUUGAGAGUGACAGUUGUUGUGUGUUGUUGUGGCCAGCAAAUGUGCUAUGACCUGGCACAUAAACGGUCCAGGGCACCUAGCCAAAUGUUCUCCCUCAGAAACGUGCCUUGUUGAUAGUGCGGCGUCGUGCAACAUCUGCCCUUUUUCUCAAUUACUACUUGCACAUUUUGCAUGCAUGUGAAUGUGACGUGCUUGACGCUCGUGCACGGGGAGCCAUCUUGUAAUUUUAUGAUCAACCCUCAUGCUAUCAGACUAUGCGGUCUGCCUAGUAAACUACCUAAACUAUGCUUUUAGACAUGGCUCAGUCCAAUUUCAUGCUAACACAUUGGUCACCCAGCUGCACAGCGGUUAGCUGGAUUUGAUUCAUUUAUGUUUACAAGUACACAGUGAAAUUAAAAACAUACCAGGGCUAGGAAACCGAUGCCACACUUCAUCCGGGUUCAGAAUAGCCCACUGAGGAUUAAAGUUUUCGAGCAUGCGGUAAAACAAGAAACCUGGAGAAAGUUGAAAUUAAAGUCGGGUCGUCCUUUUCCUGUUUAAACCACUGUCUACAAGUAUUUAACUCAGGUAUUUACAGUUAGAAACAAUACUUAUUAUUACGCCUGUUAUCCUCUCAGCAAGAUGAUCCUCAUGCUGUCUAGUUGUUCAGUUGUGAACGGUUGUUUUAUAUAGUCGAUGUUUAUCUCAUAAUUGACCUUAUCUCAUUGAUGUUGACCUUUGAGUCACGUUUUUGACCUCUUAACCUUACUAAGAGCUUACACUUCAAGUAUUGUCUUUUACUGUGGCUGUUUUAAUUGAUGUAUAUGUUCAACUGCCAAAUCACCUCUCCUUUUAAAAGCCUGUGUUCUUCGUUGAGCUUAUUCUGGUUCCCCUCCUUUUCUGUCCUGGGUUUAGCAACAGGAUUAUAUGCUAAUGUUAUACCUAUACGUUGCUCAUGCCCAUUGUUCUAGCAUUACCCAUGAGCUAUUCUGUCAUUUUAAGUUAUUAUAUAUUAUAAUAGAAUGAAUUUAUUUGUAACUGGGCAACAAUUGGAAAAUCUGCCAUUUCCCUCCCAUAUCCUGGAGAGAUGAUUCAUUUUUAUGGGGUUUUGUUUGUUUUGGUUUUGGUUUUUGUUUCUUUGUUUGCCAGAAGUAACAUGUUCUACUAAAUGACACAUGAUGGGCUGGGAUUGGUUUACAUGGUAUGGACUAAUAUGAUAUAAGUUCCCUAAGGAUUUUAAGAUUGUAGUAAAAAGAUGUGUGAAACAUGCUGCUUUAACGAGAGUCGGGACAGACUCAAAAAGUGACAGAAUGCUAAAGAAAGAAUGACAGCAACUGAAUGGUUUUAUGUCAUGUGUUUUGUGUUGUUUGUGUUUUUUUGGCUUGGCGCAGAUGGACAGAACUGUCAGAGUACUGGUGGUAGGGGAAAGAAAAGUCAGCACAUCUUUUUACUCUAAUUUCAGCUGAAAUAGCCGUUGACUAAAGGUUGAAGCCUGACUAACGUGGAUUUUUUAUGCUGAGACCAAAGCAGAGAUUGGAUGAUUCUAAUAUUUUUUUUACUAGUCUCUCAAAGGUUUAGUGAAUGUGUCUUUGAACCAAGUUCUCUGUUGAAACAAAAGUCAUUCCUGUCACUGUAAUAGAUUUUUUCAGAAACUCAAAACAGCUUUGGAUCAGAAACGACUUAAUUAUUUUGGGUUUUUUUCAGAAGACAAAUUCAGCUUAGGCCUGCACUACAGGAGUUUUAGGCAGAUUCAUCCCUGUUAUAUCGCUCCCAACAGUCAGAGGAACAAUCUGGAUCCUGGUCCAAACCCACCUUAAAUCCAGAUUAUUUGCUAAUGCGAGGAGUUUAUCAAUCCAGUCCGAACUUCCACAACUGUUUGCAGACUCAUUAGGUCUCCCCCGAUAACAGCAAAACAGGGCUACAAACUUUAAAAAAUCUACAGUCACAUUAUGAAUUAAUCUUCAAAUAUUUCUUACUAGGUUAUUAGACAGUUAAUAUUCACUGCUAAAUCCCUUUGAAUAUACUUGACAUUCAUCUACAGGAAUGUUUUCCUGGUAACCUUUUGCAUGUUAAUAUGUGAGCUCUUGCUGGAAGCCACUAACUUCUACAGAAGUCUCUGUUAUGGUGAAUGUUGCCAGCUAAUCCGCUACAAUGUUCCCUGCUUGCUACCAUGAAGCUGCCUGUAGUCUGAAUGACACCUCCUUAGGUCACUCUGAUAUUAGUAAACCAGCUGCAGUCCUUCCAUUCCAUUUAGCAACAAGUGGCUCCCCCUCAUGAUACAAUCAGGUACUGCUAGUUGACAAUCUACAACAUAAUAUAUAGUACAUUUUCAAUAUAAUACAUUUGCAUUUCCUCUGCAUUAUUGGUUAAUACGCUUUUAAUUGGUUAAAUUAUUGAAAGCAAUUAAUUAGUCAAUGUUACAUCACUACCAUCCAAUAUUAAAUAUUUAAUACUGGUGAAUUAAAAUUGAGAUGGUUACCUUUAAGGGCUAGAACAUUCUAGCCCUUAAGGAUAACAGUAGCUAAAUAGCUAGCUAUAAUAAAACUAGUAGUUAAAAUGUCACCUGUAGUUCUUGCUAAGAAAACAACCCAUGUUGGACACAAGCAACAUUUUUUCAUCCAGACUUGUUUCCACUUAUUUUUUUUCUCACUGCAAAUUAUUAUCAGUUGUUCCACCACAGUCUCUCUUGUUUCCAUCUACUUCCUGAUGAGAUGAUGUGAGGUGGUGUUCUGCUCCCUCUGACACCUUUAUCUCCAUAACAUCCUGCAGUGUGUGAUGGUUCAGUAGUUUCCACUUAUGUACUGUGAACGUGUAAGUUUAAAAAGAAUAUCUUUGAAAUGUCUUGUCAUGUAUGUAGGAUUUUAAAACUCCUGUAGUGUGAGUCCAGCUUUAAUUUGACAAAACUAAGCGUCAUGUGUUGAUCCUCAGUGAGUUGUGUCUAAAAGGUCUGGAAAACCCUAACUAGUAGACCUUCAUAUAGGAUUUAAGCUUUGUCAGAAGGCUGUUUCCGUUUCCUAGAAGAACACCCUUAGAUAAGACUAAGCAGAAUUACCAGUGCAGCCCUGCUUGUUUUCAUUUGAUUCAUUUGAGGGCAUUUCGAAAGUCCAAAUAUAAAUGAGUGUAACCCUACUGUCCAGUGCGAUGGCAGUAAAUAGAAAGUUUUGACACUGCACAUUAGACAGAAGACCUGUCAAUGAUUUGACAAGUCAUCUGUGUGUUUUUAAGAGGAUUUGCUGUAAAUAGUUUUGACUUGGUCAUUCUUAAAUUCAGAGCAUAUGUGUUUAGUUUUGGUGCCUCUGUGUGUACUCCAGCCUGUGCUCGCUACACUAACACUGGAGCUGCUUUACAGCAUCGUGUUGAAUCCCACUGCCCCAGUCUGUCACAAGCCCACCUGAUUCUAAGCAGUAAUAUGCACAAGCCUCUUCAGUUUAUGUAGCCUGUAAUAUAUAUAAACAUAAUGAAACAUAUGAAAAUCCUGAUCAUUUUUCAGUUAACUCAGCUAAUGUGUCUUGGUUUAAUGAGAACCAAAAGAAACAGACAGCUGUCAGAGUACAAUAUUUUCUUUAACGUUGCUUCUUUUUAUUGAUUUCAUUAAUUAAUUUGUCUUAAAUAAUCAAGAGGAACCUUUAGGAGGCUUUUAAAGGAUGUUUACGGGAAUUAGAGAAGAACAGCUUUUGUUUUUAUCACUGCCUUAUUUUCUGUUAAUGUCUCAAUGUGGUCUCUUUGUUUUGAAUAUUGAAUAUUGAUCAUUUUGGCAGCUUUGUGAAUCUCUGAUUUUCUUUCCCGUCAUGUCACGGAUAACUAAGAAAAACCAUAUCAUGCAUACGAUACAGGGCAUUGUUGAUUGUUGGCUGAGUCACAGUGAUGCAACUUUCAACUGAAAUCCAUUCAGUCAGUGUAAAAGUCAUGAAGUCAGGUCAUGUUACUGAAACAGUUUGUUUCUGUGUAGGUGGGCAGCGUUACUGACAGCACAUCCACUCCAUUCCUGACCUUGUGUUGAAUGUUGAGGAGAUUCCAAACACCAGCCUUUUAGUCUGUUUAAAGUGGUUAUUUUACAGGCCUGUUAGUCACAUUUAUUACAUAUUAUUUCUUCUUUAUUUUAGAGCCUAUUAAAUGAAGCGGGUCACAAUGUUUUAGAUAGAUUUUUGUUUUUCCAAAUGAUUUUCAUAUUUCAGGUUUACAUCAUGUCUGCAUUUAAAUGUUUUAUGACAAUUUGUACAUGCAGACUGAUUUGAAAAGUUUGAAUUACUUAAUUGUUAUUCGUAUAAUUCUAUCAUUUAGUAAAAUGAUCGAGUAAAGAAUCUCAUUGAUUUCCAUUUGUAUUUAAACUGCAAUGUAAAGCUUAAAGUGAAAAAAAGAGUAACUGUAUGAUCAUGAUAAUUGUGUUUCCUCAUUCUAUCUUUAAAUGCUGUUGUAGUUGCUAGAUGUUUAGAGUGGAUUGCAGUCAUACAACAUAUUUAAUUAUUGCAUUUUAUUUUUAUUUCAUUUACCCAUUUUUUAAAAAACCAUUUUCAGUGUUUUUUUUCUUGUUAAAAAUAGUUCAACAACUAAAUUUGCUGAGAAGUGCUCGUUCGUGUAAAAAAUACAGCCGUGAAAUGGAAAUAUGGUGGAAAGUAGAGGGAUUUUAAAAAUGCGUCUUUCAUUCAUUCAGCAUGUGAAGACAGACUAAGGAAACAGAAACUACCUAGCAUUUAAUUUUAUUUUUUAUUUUGAUAUUUAUAAUGCAUCAUUCAAAUGCAAAGAACUUUAUAAUACCUUUGUGUACAAGGUUCACUGAAACAUGUAUAAAUAUUUUACUGCCAUGUAGCUUGAUAUUGACCUCUACCGUCAGCCUUGUUUGACCCUUCCAAACAAUUAGAGAAUCAGCUGCUUUAAAAUGGAAUAAGAUCAGUCCCAGGUUUGAGAUGCAGGGCAGAUGUUUCUAGACAGUCAGUAAAGAGUGUAGAUUUGCAUGUGGCUAACGCUGCCCACCUCCUCUGCCCCGGCACGUUGCAGUGUAAUGUCUGGAUGCACUUUAUCUUCACUGGAAACCUGUAAGACUUCAGUACAUUUUAGUACCUGAGAGUCCUGCUAAUUACUCACACUGUGUCAUAUCUACCUGUCUUUAGAAGAUACCACACUGACUUGGACAGAGUUAUUCAUGAAGAUGUAACAUGAACGUCAGUCCAGGUGUGGUCAGCAGAUGCGAAACCGGUGCAUUACCUGACUUUCCUGACUUUCCACUGCUGACAUUUAGGAUGCAACAGUGGCAUUGCUUGGAUGAGACUAAGUGAAGCUGUAUUCCAGUUGCUCUUUAUAUGUACUCUAUUCAUUUGUUUACAUUUGAACUGCUCUCCUCACAGCCAGGAAACAUUAGAGGCUAGAACAUGAUUUGUCUUCUUUGUUUUCUAAGACGUAAACAGGUUGAUUCUGGAUUGAUUUGUGUUCUUUGAUCUGUAAUUGUCUGUCAUGCAGACUAAUGAAAUAGUUAUGUAUGACAUUUGCUCUGCACAUUUUUUUUUCUCCUGUGAGCUGAUUAUGUAAGUAAAAGUAGUUGCUCCCGAAUAAAAGACCUGAAAGGUGGUGUGAGAUGUUUUAUACCACUACGGAUGGUGUGCUCUACAUUGCUGCCAGACAGGUUCAAAGCAACUUGUAUUUAUUUAAAUCAUUUAGUUAUUAGGUGGAUUUCCACUGCAGGAACUUGGUCAUUGACAGGAACAGCCACAUAAACGGCCAUUUCAGCCUUUGUUUCCUUUGUGGUGUAGAUCCAAGAGCUUCAACCACAACCUUAACUCCAACUGCACCAAAACAGCAACAGACAGUAGUUUCAGGACCAAACUCCAUGUCUAUGAGCACAUAGAAACAGGAUAAUGGUAAAUUAUUGAAUUUUACAUUGUUAGCGGUAGUGGUAGACACAGGAAGACUGCUAAGGGUCGAGGACAUCAAGAGGGUAGAAAAAUGGCGUUUGUCGUGUCCAAUUUUAGCCAAUCGGCACCGAGACCCUGCAGUCUGAACUGUUUUCUACUCUGAAAAUGGGCCUCAUUCCAUAGGGAUGGUUCUUGCAGUUGAAGCAAAGGUUAGGGCCAGGAAGCUUCUGUUGUGGAAAACAGCCAAAUUGAGAACUUAGAAGGACCUCUGUCUUAAAAUGAAGAGCAGGUUGAAUGUCCAACUGAGUCUGUUUAUCAGAAACAUUUGUAGCUUUCACCCUGCAUCGUACUAAACUGUUUUGUCAAGAAUAUGAUUGUAAAUCAUGCCCAAACAAAAACUACAUACAAGUUACAAUAAAUUAAAAAUCAAAGUGAAAAUUCAGAUGAAGUUUAAAUUUUAGUUGGAGAAUACUCUGUCACAAUAAAGCAAAAAGCAGCAAUUGUAUGUGAAGAGACAUCCUAUCGCUUUUUAUUAACACUCUACUAAGACACCAUAGAGCAACUACUGAAUAUACUGCAGCAAUUACGCAUUAAGAAUUUUCAUAGCACACUGAAGUGAUGUGAAACCAGCAGCUGCCUCAACUCAGUCUAAAACCUGAUUGGGUGCUUUUAAAAAUAGACAGCGGUGAUUUGAAUAAAUAAGUAAAUGAGGUAAAUCAUUGUUUUAUUAUUUUGUGUCUGCUCUUCAUUCAUCAGAUGUUUACUAAGCUGCAUUUACAGUACAAAAUUGAGAUGAGCUCUAUUUUAAGCGUCUUUCCCUUUUGACAUAGAUGCAGCAUUAGAAAACAGGAAAGAAAAAGGUCUGCUGGUUUUACUGAAAGUUUGCUGUAGGUACAAACUCCUCUCUAUGUGUUCAUGUGAGGUUCAGACUUGCUGCAAUAUCCUCCAACACUGAGGGACAACAUUGAGCCACUUAAGUGUCUUCAUGCCAUGCCUGACGCUAACUUUAAGGCGUAAAUACAGUUCCUGUGGCUGACUGUGGGGCUGAACAGUGUGAAUGCUUGUGUUGUUGCUGUCAUGAAAAUAAAACCUAUUGAAGGAUUGAAACUGGCAGGUCAAGUUCAGCUUCUCUGCCAGCGUUGGAUCUCUGUGAAGUCCGACACACCGAGGAGCUGAACAUGGACUGCUCUGUGAACCCUGUCAUAGAAAAUGAGCUCUGAAACUCCUCACUAUGGAAUUUGAAGAGUGUUUGAAUUUUGCUAAACUGGAUUUAACAUGUCUUAUAAUGAGCCUGAAGCAGAACAGAAAAUAUCAGUGUACAGUACAGGAGAGGAACUCAAGCAGGUCCCUCUAUUCAUUAUUUUUUCAACAAUAAAAAUAUUAAACAUUUUCA